AUGGAGCUCUCGAUUUGGCUCUUGCUUGUAUCGGUUCUUCUACUGGUUGAUGCUAUACCUAAUCCUUCAUCGCCGGACGAUGGACGAGUACACCAUGCGCCAAUGAAGAUGGCAAAAGAAGAGACUUCUUCCAGUGUUCAACCCGAAGUAUCAGUUACUACUAUUUCCACAAUAUCUGGAACAGCUCAAGUACUACCGCCACCAAGCACUCAAGUACCAGAGACGACGGGCUCAAUAUUGACUGCUAUAGACACAGCUGGGCAGCAUACGGAGACACCGCUUCUCAGUACUUCCAUCCCGAAACCAGAAACUUUGGUCGCUGCCACGGGAACUCCUACUGCAGUACCCACGCCACAGCAACUAAUGGCUGUUUCACCAAAUAUCUUCCAGCCUAUUGCCACAGAUGCACCUCCGUCACAGUUUUCACGGCGUGGUGACCAUCCCGUCCGCAAACUUGGUGUACAAGCUCAGAACUCACCUGUGUCAACAAACAAGUUCUAUGCCAAUUUUUUCCUCGGAAGUCAAUCAGCGCCGACAUGGACUCACCCUUAUUCGGUCGCAUGGUCAAAGGGUGGUGGUGUCACCAAGUCGUGGGGAAUGACCAUUCAGCAUAUUGAUGACAACCAGAAAGUAUUUGGUCCAGAUCCUACCGCCAAUCCAACUCAAUACUUUAUCAAUCCCAUUGGAAUUCAGAGCAUUGUACUCUCUGCUCUUGAGCUCAGUAAUUCAACAGCCUUGACAACCGAUUCUCUUACAGAGUUUUCAGCACAUGUUAACCUCCAUCCAUUUCCGGGAGCUGCUCCCAUGCUACAAUUCCCUUUAGUUCAAGGCAUGGGCUUCGUCACUGUCGGAUACAAAGGUGGCACGCCAAUUAUAGAAUCAGGCGUUCUAUUUCGCUCUAUAACCAAAUCCAGCAUCUCCCCAAAACCAGGAGUCACCAAAUAUAUCAUCAUCCUCGAAGAUGGCAAGACCUGGCUUCUCUACGCGUUUGGUCAACCACUUGAACUCACCGUUGUCAACAACGGCCUGAUCCAAGGAAACUUCUUCAUUGGAGUGAUACAGAUCGCUAAAGACCCUGGAGGCGCAGAAUCAUUAUAUGAUUUAUCUUGCGGUACUUGGGCUACUGGUGUCACGCUAUCAGGUACUGCGUCUGGAACGGCGGGAAGCUAUACUUUCUCAUUUUCAAAAGAUGGGUUCUUUGCUUCUCCACUUCUGAUGUUUGCUUUACCGCAUCAUGUUGCUUCUUUUGCGGAUAGCACUAGAUCAGCUCUUUUAAAUUUGCGCCUUGCAACAACCACGAAAGGAAUUGCACAAGCUGUUUUAGCUGAUAGUUGGACUAUGCAAGAGUCCUUACCUAUUUCAAUGGGCUUCGCACCAUGGGAUAUAGAUCGAGGAGAGCUCAAAGACUUAAGUGUCGAAGCAAUCAGAAUUCUUCACAGCAUAGCCGCAACAGAAAUAAGUCAAAACAUUUCCAAACAAACCGACCUAAACUCCAUGUACUACAGCGGAAAGGCCCUCGCCAAAUUCGCCCAAAUAACCUACAUCCUCAACACCCUACUCCACGACCCCGCCCUCGCCCAAACCUCCCUCACAACCCUCCAACGUGCCUUCUCAAAAUUCACAACCAACACCCAGCAAUUCCCACUCGUCUACGACACAUCCUGGGGCGGUCUCGUCUCCAGCGCGUCCUACGCCGGCGACCCCGGCGCAGACUUCGGGAACACAUACUACAACGACCACCACUUCCACUACGGCUACUUCAUCUACGCGGCAUCCCUCAUCGGCCAUCUCGAUCCCGUGUGGGCAGUUGCGAACAAACCCUGGGUCGACGCUCUCGCGCGCGACAUCGCCAACGCCUCACCUGACGAUCCGUGGUUUCCGCACUACCGCAACUUCGACUGGUACCACGGCCACUCCUUCGCACACGGUCUGUACGAGACGUUCGACGGCCGAGACCAAGAAUCUAGCUCUGAAGACGCGAUGUCCGCGUACGCGCUUAAACUGUGGGGAUCCGUCACCGGCGACGCGAAUCUGGAGGCGAGAGGGAAUCUGCAACUCGCUGUCACGGCGAGGGCGCUACAAUCUUAUUUCCUGUAUGAAAGUGGGAAUACAAUCCAACCGCCUAAUUUUGUAGGAAACAAAGUAUCAGGUAUCCUGUUUGAGAAUAAAAUCGAUCAUACCACCUACUUUGGCGCGAAUACGGAGUAUAUCCAAGGGAUUCACAUGUUACCACUCCUCCCCUGCUCCUCGUUAACAAGAACCAAACGGUUUGUACGCGAGGAAUGGACGCGGUAUUUUGAUGGCGGGAGAGCGCAGAAGGUGGAGGGGGGAUGGAGGGGCGUGUUGAUGGCGAAUUUCAUGGGCGUGGAUGCGCUGGGGAGUUGGCGGUUUUUUGUCGAUCCGGAUUUUGAUGAGGGGGGGUUGGAUGGAGGAGCGAGUCGGAGUUGGUAUGCUGCUAUGGCUGGGGUUUUGGCGGGGGUUUAG